AUGGCUGACAGCAAAGAGCUUCUCACCAAGGAUUCUGUAAGCAGUCCAGAGUUCAUCCAGCAGCUUCUUCCAUCUGCGGAGCGAACGGCUCUUCUCUAUCAUCUGUCGUACCUGUGUCUGGGAAACUUCCCAAAGCUAGAGCGUCUGAUCAGAAAACGAGCUCUGGAAACACAACUGCUGUUUGGAUCCUCUGAAGCUGUUCUGAUGAAGUGUGCAGGAACCAGUGAAAACUUAGUUAAAUCACUGCUGCCCUUUCUGAAAGUGGCUGUGGAGAAGAACAAACCACAGUACAAUGAACAUAAUGGUGAUGUAGCCAAAUCAACCAGUGACAUCUCUACUGAAAAGGAUGAGACAGAGAAGCAGCAGCAGCAACAAACCAGUGAGAUGAAGGCACUUCAGAAGACUGUGGAAGGCCUGAAAGUAAACCUUCAGAACAUUAACAAAAAGGUAGAGGAUUAUGAGAAGAAGAUUGAGGAAAAAAAUGCAGAGAUGCAAAAAUUUAUCAGCAAGAUCACCAGCACCAAUGAUGAACAGACAACACAAACACCUACAGGGACGUCCACGAUUGGAUCAAAAGUGUCCUUAUUUUCAAGGAUCGUACCAUUUAUGGAAAGCGUUAUUGAUUACAUUUGGAAAAUGAUAACAUCCCCUUCAGACCAAAAAGUAAUUGAAGCUUUUAAUGCUGCAAUAUCUGCACUCACCACAGAACAGAACCGUUUGAAAGAACAAGAGUGGAAAAUCCAAAAUGAGCUGAUGGACAAGCAGCUGCGGCUGGCCAAAUUAAAAAUCGAAAAUGGUGAGAUUUCUGGUCAGAUUUGUCACUUUGAUGAGGUCCAGACAUGCUUGUCCCAAAUUCAGCAAAUUCUGGUUCAGCUCCAGGUGUUCUGGGAGAAAGUGGGUUCCAAGCUGAAAAAGAUGAAGGAAAGGACCUUCGCUGGAGAGGACUGUCUUGAUGAGCUUGAUGAUAUGAAGGAAUGCUUCCUGGACUCCAUUGAUCAAGCUAAAGAGCAAUGGACACACUUUGGCAUCAGCUGCAUGAAGGCCAACCAGAUCUUCAGCGUUCAGUCGAGUCAGGCCUACAGGUUCCUUGAGAUCAGUCCUUCAUCUCUGUCCAAAGAAGAGUGGCAGAAAGAGUACAAGAGUGUGAAGGAGAAACUAGAGAAGAUCGGACCAAACACUGUGAAUCAUAAAGCCAUCACACAGUGAG